AUGGCCGAGUCACAGUCAUUCGAUUUUAGCACUUAUGACCAAGAUCCUUCGUCCCCGAUACCUUCCAAUCGAAAUGCGAGAAAUUAUGUUAUAUCAAAGGGUCCUUGUCAACCAAAAGAUUUUACAUUCCCAAGAAAUAGCAAUGGUAGGAGAUUCCUUACAGCUUGGUAUGAAAAUUUCAAGUGGCUUGAAUACUCUAAGAAGACAGACAGAGCAUUUUGUUUCUUUUGUCGCACGUUUAAUCGCCAGGUGAGAUCUUUUAUACCAACGGUAACUGGUCAAACUGGACCGAUGUGGACUGUAACAGCUUAUAUUUUGCACGUCUCCUUUUAAAAUUUUCGUAAUUUUUAUAUAAAUUAUAGUAUGAUAUAACUUUAAUAUCUUAAAUUCAUCAGUGCACAGUCAAAUCAAAUUCCCUUGUUGUAGAUGUGCAGUAGGUCCGAGAAGGCGUUCAUUACCGACGGAUUUUCAAAUUGGAAGAAACCGAAAACCUUUACGACGCACCAGAACAGCGAUGGUCACAGACUUGCCUCCGAGGGAUAUUCAAUCUGGCUGAAGCAGAAGCCGAUCGACCAACAAUUAGACGAACAUGCUAAAAUCCGGGCGAGUGAGAAAGAGAUAGAG